UGGUGUCACCCUUUUCCGGAGAGAAGUAAUGGAGAACCAGGACCCUGGUCCGUGAGGCCUGGCCUCACAUCCCGCCAGCGCUGCUCUGAGCUCCCUCCUGAGACUGGCCGGGACCGCGGAAGGGGGACGCGGUUCUCGAAAUACAGUAUCAAGACUCCAGUCUGUUCCCCAGCUCAUGCAGACACUUGAAGCCCAGCUGAUUUCUCUUCAUCUCUUCAAAGUUACUGCCCCAUGGCAGACCAACAACAAUUGCCGCACAGAACUCACUGUCAGAAAAUGCAAGAACCUCCAAAGAACAUUGAAGAAUUUUUAAAGCUUCAAAACUUGGAUCAUUGGCCAAAGGAAAUCCAUUUAUGGGAAAGUGAUGAAUUGUUACACACUAUGAAGAAAAUAAAACAAGAUAGUUCAUUUACUUCCAUUUAUACACAUCUGUGGGGAAAUGUCCUGCGAGUAGAUGAUGCAGCUAUGGCCAUGGAAUCAAGACUAGCAGAAUGUUCAAUUCUUUUGAGAAACCAUGCUUCUGAAAUAUUUGAGUGGAACAGAAUAAUUUCCAGGACAAUUUCUCAUGGAAAACUGAAACAAUACAAGGCAUUUCUAAAGAAGUACCAUAAGGAAAAGAAGAUAAUGCUUUCAGAUGAAAUGGAGACAAAGAAGGAUAUAGAGGGUUGUAACUUCCCAGGAUUCAGAACAAAUGAGCUUACUCAGCUACCUAGACAUCUGAAUGCUGAACGAAUUUAUCUUUUUAUUUUAAAGGCCCAUAACUUUGAUGGAAAAGUUUUUAAAAUCUGGAGAAGUCAUUUUCUCUCAGAAGCCUCUAUUGCUCUUUUGCAUGAUAGCUUUUGGUGGUGGUUUCUCCAUAAAUUUAAGGUGUAUCCUGAUUGUUUGGCACAAGCUAUCUAUGUAACAUUCCAGGAAGCAUUUCCAGAAUCCAGUAAUCUCUUUAAUGAUGAAUUUAAAGAAGAUCUAGGGAAUAAUAUUUUUCUUUGGUUGUCAGGUUUACCACCUCAAAAAGGAUUUUGGACCCACUGGAAACUGAAAGAACUCUCCACAACAACCAUUCAUGGUAGCAAGAAAAUGCCUUCAAAAUCUAUAAAGGACAUGAUUGCGAGAAAUCAAGAACACCUAUCAGCUUCUAUAGACUUCAAUAUAACGAAAAUUUUACAGAACCCAAAAGCAUAUACAACGCCUGCAUUCAAGGAAGAAUCAAGAUCAUCAAAACUACCAACAAAGACUCCAAGCAAAGGCUACCAAGAAACCCUGUGAAGUUAAGAAUGAUUUUGAGAAUUUCCUGCAUCAACUGCGUUUUGAAGCUCUAACUGAGAGAGAAUUUCUGGCAUCACUGUCAUCAUCAUCAUCAUCAACAGAAGACUACAACCCUGAGGAAGAAGAAAGCCA